AUGGCGAAAUGCAAGGCACCUGAAGAACUCUCCACUAAUGUGAAUACUAUCAAAGCUCGCAACCGCGUCUCCAACCUUACUGAAGAUGAGAAGGCUGUUCACUUAGCACUCAAGGCUGACCAUGCUGAUCUGAGCUACUACUUAAAGAAGUUAUAUAAGUCUGCAAAGCAUAUCGCUGCCUCUACUGAAGACAAGACACGUCUACAGAAUGAAUUGAAGGUUGAGCGUAUUCGUGUUCAGACUGAGAAGGGUACCCAUGCAUCUUGCAUUGCGAAUCAGAAAGUCAAGAAUAUUAGCGCCUCUUCUUCUUCUCCACAAGCACCACCAUCUACUCCGCCACAACUUCUGUCUGAGCUUGCUGCAUUUGAGGGAAUCUCAAGUAUUCCAAUCGAUGACGAUCAUAACAGCGAAUGGGAGGAUACUGAGGUUGAAGACGAUUUGGAGUUGGAGCUUAUGUUACGGCACGACGAUAUUUUAAAUCACGAGGCUGUUCUACCAGAUGAGCUUUCCGAUAAAGAGAUCGCUAGCAUCCAGGCUCUCUUAACUCAAGCGCGCAUUGAUGCCCAUGAAGAGUCCAAUUUCCGCAAGUGGCAACAUUUCUGGGAUAGAUGUAUCCGCUCAUAUACGAGAAAGGCUGGAAAGCUGAGAAAGAAGCCUGAGCGUCUCUUUGAGUAUAUUGUUACAGCUACGGUAACGUGA